GUCUUUGGAGCAGGCGGGCCGCGCCAGAAGCGGACGAUCCCGCAGUGUCCUGCAGCCGCGGACGCCGCCCGGCUAGGAUGACACCACGUUGAGCGCGCCUGCAAACAACAACAACAACAGCAGCGCCUGGCCGCGCGUCCUGCUUCUCCUGCUUCUCCGGAGCGCCGCCACCGCCGGUGCAGCCGCCGGUGCAGCCGCCCCCGCGCCCCCGGCCGUCCGGAGCGCACGGCCGCCGGUGUAUGUCGCGCCUGCCCGGGACGGGCUGAAGCCGGCGGCGGGCCGGACCGCAGGCGCCGAGCCCCGAGCGCCGCUGCUCGCGGAAGCGCUUUCGGCCGGGAGCGGCGGCCGCCGCCAGCAGUUUUCAUGUUUGGGAUCCAGGAGAACAUUCCGCGCGGGGGGACGACCAUGAAGGAGGAGCCGCUGGGCAGCGGCAUGAACCCGGUGCGCUCGUGGAUGCACACGGCGGGGGUGGUGGACGCCAACACGGCUGCCCAGAGCGGCGUGGGGCUGGCGCGGGCGCACUUCGAGAAGCAGCCGCCCUCCAACCUCCGGAAAUCCAAUUUCUUCCACUUCGUGCUGGCGCUCUACGACAGGCAGGGGCAGCCGGUGGAGAUCGAAAGGACCGCUUUUGUGGACUUUGUGGAGAAAGAGAAAGAGCCCAACAACGAGAAGACCAACAACGGCAUUCACUACAAACUCCAGCUGUUGUACAGCAACGGAGUCAGGACGGAGCAGGAUCUGUAUGUGCGCCUCAUAGAUUCAAUGACCAAACAGGCCAUCGUCUACGAGGGCCAGGACAAGAACCCGGAGAUGUGCCGCGUGCUGCUGACCCACGAGAUCAUGUGCAGCCGGUGCUGUGACAAGAAAAGCUGUGGCAAUAGAAAUGAGACACCCUCAGACCCUGUAAUCAUUGACAGAUUCUUUCUAAAGUUUUUCCUCAAGUGCAAUCAGAACUGUUUGAAGAAUGCGGGCAACCCUCGAGACAUGCGGAGAUUCCAGGUCGUGGUGUCCACCACGGUCAACGUGGACGGCCACGUGCUGGCCGUGUCCGACAACAUGUUCGUGCACAACAACUCCAAACACGGGCGGCGGGCGCGCCGCCUCGACCCGUCAGAAGGUACGGCCCCUUCUUAUCUGGAGAAUGCCACUCCCUGCAUCAAGGCCAUCAGCCCCAGCGAAGGCUGGACCACGGGGGGCGCCACGGUGAUCAUCAUCGGCGACAACUUCUUCGACGGCCUCCAGGUGGUGUUUGGGACGAUGCUGGUGUGGAGCGAGCUGAUAACGCCCCACGCCAUCCGCGUCCAGACCCCGCCGAGGCACAUCCCUGGCGUCGUGGAGGUCACCCUGUCCUACAAGUCCAAGCAGUUCUGUAAAGGCGCUCCGGGGAGGUUCGUCUACACCGCCCUGAACGAGCCGACCAUAGAUUACGGUUUUCAGAGGUUGCAGAAGGUGAUCCCGAGACAUCCGGGCGACCCCGAAAGGUUACCCAAGGAAGUUCUGCUCAAGAGGGCGGCCGACCUCGUGGAAGCUUUAUACGGGAUGCCGCAUAACAACCAGGAGAUCAUCCUGAAGCGGGCGGCUGAUAUCGCAGAGGCGUUGUACAGCGUCCCUCGCAAUCACAACCAGAUCCCCACGCUGGGCAACACCCCCGCGCACACGGGCAUGAUGGGCGUGAACUCCUUCAGCAGCCAGCUAGCUGUGAACGUGUCGGAGACGUCACAAGCCAAUGACCAAGUCGGCUACAGUCGCAAUACGAGCAGCGUGUCCCCGCGAGGCUACGUGCCCAGCAGUACCCCCCAGCAGUCCAAUUACAACACAGUCAGCACUAGCAUGAAUGGAUAUGGAAGUGGCGCCAUGGCCAAUCUAGGGGUCCCUGGCUCGCCUGGAUUUCUUAAUGGCUCCUCCGCUAACUCUCCCUACGGCAUAGUGCCGUCCAGCCCCACCAUGGCAGCCUCUUCGGUCACCCUCCCUUCAAACUGUAGCGGUGCGCACGGCAUUUUCUCAUUCUCACCUGCCAAUGUCAUCUCUGCAGUGAAACAAAAGAGCGCCUUUGCGCCCGUGGUCCGGCCCCAAGCUUCUCCUCCUCCCUCCUGCACCAGCGCCAACGGGAACGGACUCCAAGGCUCUCUGCUGAGUGCUGAGGACGCUACCGUGGAGAAGACAAACUGGCCCUUUUGUGAAGUCGGUGGCAUAUUUCACUUUGAUGAACUAAUGCUCAAAAAAGGAACUGGAAAGCUAUGUCUGGGCUGGUAGUCCCGCCGAUGUGAGGGGCCUUUGUUUCCCUUCAGCAGCACCCAGCAUCCGAGGACGGACUUCAGGGGACGCGUUUCGCGUGCUGAGACACGCUGGUGGAGGCAGCGUCUUCCAAUACGUCGGCAGCGGUCGGAAUGCGACAAGAGACUCUGUUUAAAGAUUUUAUUUAAACUGUUAAGAACCGACAUGCAAACAGCCUACUUCCUCAUGAACGAUUCCAUUUUACUGACCGAACUUUUCUCACAUUGCCCCAUUUCUCAGUCCUGCAAAACGAGGACAGCAAAGCGACGCCUAUUUUGUAUCGAGUUUCUGACCCCGUCUUGGCCCCGUCUAGUACUUGCUAUGUGUUGGGAGAAGCUUUGUGAAUGCACCGUUUUGGUUCCCAUGAGACACUGAGGAGAACGCCUCCGGACAUUUCCCGUACCCAUCCUUAGAUUCACAAUGGUUGUGUAUCUCUAUAAUGUGAAAUAUUUUUUUGUGGUGAACAAGGGGGCCAAGGAGGUAUGAGCCAUCGACCUGGAAGAGAGGAUGACGAUGUGAUUAGAAUUCGGGGUGGCAGGGAGGGAGGGCGGGUUUCCCAUUGCUUACCUUCAUCUUAAUGAAAUGAAACUUUGUAACUUAUUGUAGUUAGAAAUUGUAACUUUGAUAUUGAAUUCUCUUGCCUUCAACAAGCACACUGACAGGAAAAAAAAAUGCUACUGUCUGUUGGUUAAAAUAUUCCCCCACUGCUAGAGCUUCCUGUUGAGCAAGCGUGAUCUGCGACAUUUUUCCCACUUUUGCUAGUACUGUAUACGAUUGCAUUCUUAGGCUACUGUGAGGUCCAUGUUUCUUGUACCAGAAAUUGUCCUUUCGACUUCUAGAUCCUUCUUCCCUAAUGUGUUUUGUAUGUGGUUAUAAAAUUGUAGACUUUUGUGAUUUUGCCAAAGUUGUAGCUAAAUAUUUAUACACUUGUCUUGAAUUUUUUUCAGAGUCACUUAAAUAUUUAGAAAGAAAAAAAACACAAGUUUUAUUCCUUAUGUGUCUUAUAAGGAAUAAAAUGGUCUCAUUCAACACUUUUCCAUGAACACUUGCAGUUGCUAAGGGACUUUAUUUUGUAACAUAUCAAUUAUAAAUAUUGUAUUUAUCGUUGAGAUUUUGUACAUUGCUUUUCCCGCCACCUUCUUUUCCUUUUCCCCGUCCGCGCUGGCUUCGGGCCACGGCCCGGCGUCGCGGUGCUGGGAGGUGCGCUAAGCCAAUUAUCGUCUCUUCGAUCUGCUUCGUCAAAAGGAACCAGUGUCGUUGCCGUUGCGUUUCAUUUGUACUUAAAACGUUUGCUAUUGUUUAGACUUUCCAUCCUUCUUUUUUUUUAUGUUGAGGAAAAGUCAAAUUCAUUGUUUAUUUUUAUAUUAUUUUUAAGUUAUCUGAACAAAUACUUUUGGAGAAAAACUUCGCUGUAGAGUCGAAGCGCUGCGGUGCCGCCCGGCCGCGACAGGCCCUAGGACAGCCCGUGCAUGUGGAGCGGCCGUGGGCAGCCGGCGCCGUCUGGGGCUGUGUCCUUGUCUCAUUUUAUCUUUCGGUCGAAUGUAAGAAAAAAGUCAUUUUAGCUGCCACCCAUGACUUUUGCCACAUAGCUGAAACUGUGUUUACUGGAAAAAUUCAGAGGCCUAAAGUUUAAAAUAAAAUUUACUUCUGAUGUUUUAAUUAAAA